AUGUCUGAAAUCACGCAUCCCACCAUCAAAGGUGAUGUGUCGCUGACCAAAGCCGUGACCGCAGAUGGCUGGUUCAGAGAGAUUUCCGAUAUGUGGCCAGGUCAGGCAAUGAUCCUGAAGGUCAACCAGGUCCUACACCACGAAAAGUCCAAGUACCAAGACGUGCUGGUCUUCGAGAGCAGCGAUCACGGCACCGUCCUCGUCCUUGACAAUGUGAUCCAAUGCACAGAGCGGGAUGAAUUUUCCUACCAAGAGAUGAUCACACAUUUGGCCAUGAACUCGCACCCGAACCCCAAGUCAGUCCUCGUCAUUGGUGGCGGUGACGGUGGUGUCUUGCGGGAGGUUGUCAAGCACGAGUCGGUUGAGAAGGCUAUCCUCUGCGACAUCGACGAGGCCGUCAUUCGUGUCAGCAAGAAGUACCUCCCAGGAAUGUCCAUUGGCUUCCAACACCCAGCUGUCCAAGUCCAUAUUGGUGAUGGCUUCAAGUUCCUUGCCGAUCGCAAGAAUGAAUUUGAUGUGAUCAUCACCGACAGCAGCGACCCAGAAGGCCCGGCCGAGUCGCUGUUCCAGAAACCCUAUUUUGAGCUUCUGCAUGGAGCCCUCAAGGAUGGUGGUGUCAUUACUACCCAAGGUUCCGAGAACCAAUGGCUGCACAUGCCACUCAUCACCAAGCUUAAGAAGGACUGCAAGGAGGUCUUCCCUGUGGCCGAAUACGCCUACACCACCAUUCCUACGUACCCCUCGGGCCAGAUUGGAUUCAUGGUCUGCUGCAAGGAUGCCGACCGCGACGUCAAGGUGCCCCUGCGGUCAUGGAGCCCCGAGGAGGAGGAGAAGCUUUGCAGAUACUACAACAAGGAGAUCCACCAGGCGAGCUUCAUCCUGCCUACCUUUGCCCGCAAGGCAUUGAAAUAG